UACGGAUUACGUAAUUUAUGUUAUUCCUCGUCAUAACUUUAACACCUAUCGUAUCAUGUAUGACAAGAACUAGUCUACGUACAUUCGAAGGCGUCUCGGAUUCGGGUCAUUUAGAGUUGUUGUCUACACCGAAAAGUUAUUCUGUUUGUAGGUGUGUGCAUACCUACAAACUGCUCCAGGUUAUGCGAAGAGGCUUAUUAAAGUAUGUCAUAUCGCGGCGCAUGGGACGGCGGGCCGCCUGGCGCCGAGGCGGAGUAUGCGCCGCCCUACGCAGGGGGCGCCGCCCCGCCGCCUCCGCCCGUCAUGCCCACCACGGACCCCUGGACGGGCGUCAGCUACAGUCAGUAUGGACCUCCUCCCUCCUAUGAUUAUCCGAACUACGGCGCUGCCAACUACAACUACAAUUACGACGCUAACUACUACCAACGCCCGCCUGAGAACUACUAUCAGAAAUAUCCUGAGUCGAGAGAUGCAUACUCCUCCCGGGAUGGUUAUGACAAUGCGCCCAGGCCAUCUAUCCGGCCAAGAUCUCCUGCAGAAAUUACUGUAGUAAGAAGACGUAGAUCAUACACUAGAAGUGUUAGUCCUUUUGAAAAGAAAGUCUUUUCAAGAAAACUAAAUAGCUAUGAUGAGGUCCGGAAGACAAGAUCUCGUAGUAGGUCAAGUCGACUUAAGAGAGGAAAGUAUUCUUCCAGUGACCGCUCCAGUUCUAGGUCCUCGUCUAGACUGUCUCGUAAGAAGGUAAAGGAUAGGAGGACCUCCUCUGACUCAUCUGGGUCAAAUGACUCAUAUAAAAAACGAGUAGCUAGAAAAAGUAAAACUCGAGAUCAUUCUUACACUCCGCCUCUGAAGAAAUCUUCAUCACAUUCUAGAAAUAGAUCAAUAUCUAAACGCUCACCAAGUAAGGAUCAUUCUUCCAGUAAGUCUCCUAGGUUAAGGCAUGAUAAGGAAAAAGACGUCAAAGGAAAAGGCAAAUUGCUUCCCAGUAAGGACAAAGCCAAGAAGACAAGGGAUGUUAUAACUCCUCCAAGAAAAAUAAAAGAGGAACCUAAGACCCCUCCGCCAAGGCAAAAGCAGUCAUCAAUUACUCCACCUAGGAGCUAUCAAGCUAUCAAAAAGGAGCGAUCAACAACACCCCCUAAGAAAAAGCGCCCGACUACACCACUCCGGAAAAAUAGAGACAGCUCUCUAACACCGCCUAAAAGUUAUGCUAGAAGCCGGUCCUCUUCGAGCUCUGGGUCGGGUUCGCGAUCGCCGACACCGAAGCCUAAAAGCAAACGCAAUCGCCGCUCGAGAUCGUCUUCGAGGUCGUCAAAAUCAAGGUCUAGGUCGAGAUCGAAACCGCGCAGGUCCGAGCAUAGGUCCCGAACGAAGAGUCGCUCCAAAAGGCGAUCUGUAAGCAAGAGCAGCCGCCCUAAACGACGAUCGGUAAGCAAGAGCAGCCGGUCUAAACGGCGCUCCGUAAGCGAGAGCAGUCACUCCCGGAGCCGCUCUAAAUCCAGAGGAAGGCGCAGUAGGAGUCGAACGUCAAAGUCGCGUUCCCGCUCUAAAAGCUCACGCUCUAGCCGAAGCCAUAGCGGAACACCAAGCGAAGAACGUCGAGGGCAAUUCACUGUUGCUGACCGUAAGCGGUUCUGGAAGCUUCAUCGUAGUAGGCAAGAAGAAAAAAGGAAGGAAAAGCCAGAAUCUCCACCUAAAGAGGUUAAACCUCCACCAGGGGCUAUAGAACCAGCACAAGUUGAUGAUAUAGAAUAUGGCGAUCCACCAGAGGUUGAAGGGCCAAACUUUGCUGAACUUUUACCUGCUUGCCCGGCUGACCUACAGCAACCAUCGUCUUCAAAAUCCAAGCCGGGCCCGAUACCAAUUAAAAACGACGGCAGUUUUUUGGAAAUGUUCAAAAAGAUGCAAGAGGAAACUAAGAAAAUUGAGGAGAAGAAACCGGAAAUUAAAAAACCGGUGUUACCAUUCAUUGGGAAGAGGCGCGGCGGGCGCGUGCUUAAGACUGGUCUAGUAAAAAAAGCAAAAGCUAUAGAAGAACAACUUGCCGAUAACGCUCCUAAGGAUGCUUGGUCCCUUUACAUGCAGGAGGUUAAGAAAUACAGAGAAACCUCGUGUGAGGAGGAACGCAAAACGCGACCUUUGGUCAAAUAAUGUAGCUGCUAAAAUAUAUGUAAUGUUGUCUGUCUAGUAUACUUUAAUGUUAUAAUAAAGUUAGUUUAUGUUAAAGUA